AUGGAUGAGAGUUUGAGAAUAUCUGCUCGAACUGGAAAUGUUAGUGAACUGUAUAGACUAAUUCAGAGAGAUGGAAACAUUUUGAGGCGCUUCGAUGUGGUCGAGUUCACCGACACUCCACUACACAUAGCUGCAGAAGCAGGGUGCAUUGGGUUUGCAAUGGAGAUCAUGAAUUUAAAGCCAUCGUUUGCUAGGAAGCUAAACCAACAUGGUUUGAGCCCCAUUCACAUUGCUGUUAAAAAUGGUCAUAAAGAAAUGGUGCUCCGGUUCUUGGAAAUCGAUAAAGAUCUUGUUCGUGUGAGAGGAAAGAAGGGUGAGACUCCUUUGCAUUACAUCAGUAAAGUUGGUAACCGAGAUGGACUGUUGGAUACAUUCCUCGAAGUUUGUCCUGAUUGUAUCCGAGAUGUCACGACUCAGAAUUAUACCCCUUUGCACAUCUCAGUGAAAAAUAAGAGACUGGAUGUUUUCCAAGUCCUAAUCCGAAUGCUUCAGAAGAAAGACUAUUAUCCAGAAGUGAUGAACCGAAAGGAUGAAGAUGGCAACACUGCACUACACAUAGCUGCAGGCAAUAAUCAACCCCAGGUGCUCAAACUUCUAUUAGAAUGCAAGGUUGAUAAGCAUGUGGCUAAUCAGGAUGGUUUGACAGCAUUAGACCUGGCACGUAAACAUAAUAACAAAGAAAGCAUUAAUAUUUUGCGUAGUUGCAUUAGUCCAAGAGUUUCAAACUUUCACUAUAAGUUGAAGAAACAAAUCGUAGCCUACACGACAAUGACAUCGUCACUAUUUUCCUACGACUACGAUACAUACAAUAUAUCGGGUGAUGACCGCAAUGCCUUGCUAGUAAUUUUAGGAUUGCUUCUAACGGCAACCUACCAAGCCACUCUCAGCCCACCUAUGGGUGUUUUACCGGAUAAAAGCUCCUGGAUAUCCACCAAUACGAACGGAGAUCAUGACGUAGGGGAAAUGGGGAUAUCAGUCAUGCAUCAAGCUAUAUUUCUUUUGUUUUUCAUUCCGACCUAUAUUGUCUUCCUGGUAGCAUUUUUCCUAACAUUAGCUCUCCUUAAACCUUUCCCCCUUGGUUUCAGGAUUGCACUUCAGGAAAAUCUCUACUAUGAAACUCAGCUUUACAGAGCUCAAUCAAUGCUGAACCAUAGGAAAGCUGAGACUGACAGUUUCAGAGGGAAACCCCGUGGGCUCACAGUUGAAGCGAUGAAGAGUUCAAGGACUGGAAAUAAAUGA